CGACUGAACCAAAGUUUUACUUCCCCUUUCUUCCUCUCUCCCAAAUUUCAUAUAUUCUUUUCUUCAUCAUCGUAUAAACCAAUACAUAUAUUACGCUGUCUCUAUAUAAUAUACAUAUUUAUACAAGUAUACGUAAUAUAUACAAUACGUAUAGUAUUAGAGAUUUCUGGGUUUAGGCUAAAAAAGAGAGAGAGAGAGACGAAAUCAAUAUAUCAAUGGAAGGAAGAAAGAAGAAGGCUUUACCUUCCUCCUCUUCUUCUUCUUCUUCGUUAACCUCUGAGCUUUUUGGUUCUAGAGAUAACCCUUCUUCUCCUUCUCCUUCUUCUGGGGUUUUCGGAUCCAUCUUUGCUCCUCCUUCUACGGCUCUGGGUAGAGAAUCUGGGCGACAAGAGACUGUGACUGGUGGCUGGAACGACAAAACCUCUAAGUCUGGUGAUGUUGAUAGAAACAGGGAACAUCAGGAGAAUCUUGGUUUAGCUUAUCAGCAGGAUCAGAGAGUACAACCUUGUCAUCUGAGUUCUUCCAUCUAUUACGGUGGCCCUGAUGUUUAUUUCCACUCUCAGACUAAUUCCACCAUCAACUCCACGAACAAGAAAGAUGGAGGCGAAGAUGAUUCCGGGAGUGCAUCAAGAGGAAAUUGGUGGCAAGGUAUAUCGGUUCUCAUCUUUCCAUCAUGUUGUUCUGUUUUGGAGAAAUCUUGUUUCGUUUCUCUAACCAUUCCUGAGUUUUUUUUUGUUUCCAGGAUCUCUGUAUUAUUAAGUAGAGAUCUUACUACGUAAGCAACUGUUAUAACUACAAAAGCAAGGUACAUAGGAACAAAAAAUAAGAAGAUAGAGUAGCUGUUGAUCCGUCGUUUGUAGUAACUUCUCAUCUUUUAUUAUUACAAAAGUAUGGAAGAAGUUUGAAGCUAGAGCUAGCUAGUUGCAAAAACAGGGGAGUUUUUUUUUUGGCCCUUGUCGUGGUUUAGUGACUGACCCGACCGGUUCAGAUUUGAUUUUCCCUUUGUUAUAUAGAUAAAACCGUUGAUAGUUUUGUACAAAAACUCUAUAGAUCUCUCCAGUUUCCACGCAUAUAAAUAAAAUAAACUCUUUUUGGUUCUCUUUUAA